AUGAAGAAUAGCGGGAACCAACCAAGAAAUGAAAUACCGAAGUUGCACGAAUUAGUUAAAAGUUUCGCAAGUACAUUCAAUACCGAAGUGUCGCAACUAACUCACGGUAUCGAUCGUCUCCGCGAGCUCAUGCGAUUACAUGCCUCAGUGUUCAUUAUCAUGUGGCCAUUAAUCUACGCACUAGGAACACGAUUCUCGUACUAUUUGGUCUUACCAGUUGCAGCUGUGAUAGGAACAAUAGGAUAUUUUGCCGAAAAGAAAAUUAUGCCGAAAUCGAAACCUGUGCCAUACCUCAAUUCAUCUAUUAUGGAGCAACGUGAAAAACGACAAUCAUCCGCUGAUCAACCGAAAGAAUCGACACCGUUGUCUUUGCCGAACAGCUUGGGGGUUUUGAAACCUCGACCUGUUGAUGACUAG